AUGAAACUGUCGUCGCGCUGUGUGGGUGCUUUCCGUGUUCCAUCGGCAUCAGUAUGGCCGUAUAGGUGGAUCACAGACGUUUUGGGAGGCCUCAUCGAUACCAAAAAGAUCAACGUCCAGACAAACACUACGGUCACUUCGAUUCUGGACUCUACGACCUCUGAAUAUGCCAUUUUGCGCACCGACAGGGGUGAGCUCAAAGCCAGAAACGUGAUUCAUGCGCAGAAUGUAUGGGUUAGUCAUCUCAUUCCGGAACUUCGACCAUUUGUCUCCCCUGUCUGA